CGCCACACACGGGUCUGCAGGCAGGUAGGGGUACAGAGCCACGAGCGGCGGGAAAACAGGGCCGGCCCUCUGAUUGGUAGGACAAAUGUGCUUGUGCACCAACGCAGCAGCCCCGCGGUCGUCCCUUUUGAUGUAGAGGGUAAAAUGCGGAUGUCUGAGAGAGCGCCGGCCCGGGGAGAGUGGCGGGAAAUCCGAGCCACCUGAUUGGCCAGGAAGGCCAGCAGAUCAGCGCUGAAUAUUCUUUGAUGUAGAGAACAAUAAAAAGGCGAGAGAAGGUAUGGAUAGGUAGUGGUGUUCUUCUCAAGUCAGGGAUCGGAGUAGUCACCUUGCCGGCCACUGGAUCGUCCGUGAGACGAGUCCCAGCGCAGCCAGGCACCGCUCCCGGCAAGACCUUUGUGCAGCUUCACCUCUCCAUGGCUUCCCGCACAUCCGAGCCGAACCGUGAGUACGCAAGAGAGAGUUGGGAUUUAGUGUAAGAUCCUAGGGAGUUUUAUUCUAAGGGGACGAGAUAGAUCAGGUUUAGACCAUCGGGAGAUAGGUUAGACCUGCCCUGCGUGUAGCUCGUGGUUAGCGUGUGCGUGUGGUGAGCGGCGGCGGCGGCGGACUCGUACAGGGACACGUGAGAUUACUCAUUCGCCCUUUUGUUUAACGUGUACGUGAGGCAAACGUGCGGCGUACACGUGAGUUUGUUCAUACAGCCCUUUAAAUCAUCUCCAAGACACCCCCUCCAAUCGGCUAUGCGUGUACGGGUGACGUCACUGCCCUUUGACCCCUGACCCCCUUCCCGCGCGUGCAAUUGGUGCGCGGCGCCGGGAGGGUAGAGGCGUCGGAUUUUUGGUGGCUGCGUGUACGCGACUGCGUGCGGGGAGCCUCCUACUAACGUUUGGAGAAGUGCACGCGGGGAGUGUGUAUGUAUGACCCGAGGUGGCCGAGAGCCAGCCAAGAGUCAUGUCUCACAAGGGGGAUGCGGAGGCAAAGAGGUCGAAGUUGCGAGCAGCAUCAACGAGGAGGGGGGAAGAGGAGGAAGAAGGGAGUGAGGAGCCGGGGAUCAGCCUCCCCGACACCCACUGUGGCCUAUUAGAUAAUACUGCCCCAGGGACCACCCACCUCUUCUAUGACGUCCUCAGCCAGCUGUGGAAGUGUCGGUCAAAAUAACCCUCUGGAAGGGGGCUCUCAAGGCCUCUUUGGCCACCGUCAGUGGUGGAGAUCCAGUAGUUGCAGGGCUGCGCCCACGGUAGCCGCGAUUCGUGCUAAAGCGCCCAAAGACCCCCGGAGCUCGUAAAGAUGUCCACGGGUUAAUUAUUUCGCGAGGCAUUUUGCAACCAAAAUCGAAAAUCCCCCCACCCUCCUCCUGCCCCGGGGGGUUGAAUAAUGGCAACGGUUGCCAAACCAUUUUCAUUGCUCGUCGUCAAAACUUGAAGCUGCAUUCGAAUAUAUCAAUUGGGCCACACCCCCCCCCCCACCCCCCGGCAUUGUACCUGGGUCGUGUGCGUAGCGUGUGGUGUAUUUAAAGGGUUUCACCUCUGCAAAGAGAGAACGAGACAGCGGUCAGCCGUCUUGUAUCACUCAACGCUUUUGCCACUCCCUCGGGGCGAAUUCCUUCGCUCUCUUCUCCUUUCUGCAAAGUGUCGGGCGACCGGCGCGAACAAAACGCAUCGACGCGGACAGCGAUGGCCACGAUGAGCUCGGUGCCGCUGGUGGUGGUGGCUGCGCAUACGAUGCUGCUGCUGCUGACGAUAACGCUGGUGAUCGUGCCGGUCAGAGGGGAUGAUGCUGACUGGAUGUCCGAACAUCCCGAGAUGGACACCAGCCAAGAGUCUGUCCAGCAGAGCAUUGUAGACCAGCACAACGCCAUCCGCUGCAACGUCACGCCUCCGGCCAGAAACAUGCUCAAGAUGGUAUGGAACAGCGACUGGGAAGAGAGCAGUCGGAAGUGGAUCAACAAUUGCUCUUUUACCCACCGGACCGAAAAAGAGCUCAAGCAUCAUGGGUGGCAGUGCGGAGAGAACAUCUUCAUGUCCCCGACGGCCAGGCUGUGGGAAGACGCGCUCCAUGAGUGGGAGCUCGAAUCCGAGAAGCCGGGAUUUGAGUUUGGGUUCGGAGCGCUGGGUCCGGGCAUGGUGGGACAUUACACGCAGCUCGUUUGGUACCAAUCAUUCGAGGUCGGGUGCGCGGUCAACUACUGCCCCAGCGGCGAGCCAUACAAAUACUUCUACCUGUGCACCUACUGCCCAGGGGGGAACCUCAAGAACCGGCUGAAGCGGCCGUACGACAAGGGGGCGCCCUGCGAAGCCUGCCCUGACCACUGUGACGACGGCCUCUGCACUAACCCCUGCUUGGUGCCCAAUAACUUCGAGAACUGCAAUGCCAUGAGGAACAAGUACGGAUGUGGCGACGACAAAAUGGGCAUGAUGGUUCGGAUGAAUGUGGCGCUACGUGCACGUGCUCGGACAAAAUUUACUAAGGGCUCUCGCGUCUCACUGGGGGCAAUCUCCACCAGCAAUCCUCACCAGCAACCUCACUCACCGGCAAUCAUCGCCGGAAUUCCUUGCCGGCAAUCAUCGCCGGCAAUCAUCAGCGGCAAUCAUCACUGGCAAUCUCGAUCGCUGGCAAUCAUGGCCGGCAAUCCUCGCCGACAAACUCAAUCACCGGCAAUUAUCGCCAGCAAUCAUCACCGGCAAUCAUCACUGGCAAUUUCACCAGCACUCUCACUGGCAUUCUCACUGGCAAUCACCACCAGCACUCUCAUCGGAAAUCUCACCUACAUUCUCACCGGCAAUCUCACUGGCAACCAUUACUGGCACUCUCACCAGCAAUCUCCCGACAAACGUUCACCUUGCCACACAACAGAAGUUUGCGUGACCGACCAAGUGAAUGAAUUAGUGACCAACUGAGUCAGUGACCGAUUGGACCGCAUGAGGGAAACAAACAUUUAGUCCACUCCAUCGGCCGCCCCCAAGUAACCCCUCUGGGCCGCCAAUGGUUCGAAGCGGCAUUGCCGCUGGUCAGGAUUGCUGUGGACACUGCUCCAGAGGAUCAUGGGCUGGAGAGGCCCCCCCCCCUCCCCCCCGCUUUUACAGAUGGAGUUGGUGGUGCCAUGGUGGGCCCGGGUACAGGGUGGUUGCUUGACGAUUCUCUCGUAGUCUCAUAGUAGUCUCCUCAUAGUAGUCUCCUCAUAGUAGUCUCCUCAUAGUAGUCUCAUAGGAGUCUCCUCAUAGUAGCCUCCUAAAUGGUAGUCUCCUCAUAGUAGUCUCCUCAUAGUAAUCUCAUAGGAGUCUCCUCAUAGUAGCCUCCUAAAUGGUAGUCUCAUAGUAGUCUCAUAGAAGUAUCUUCAUAGUAGUCUCCUGAUAGUAGUCUCAUAGUAGUUUCAUAGUAGUCUCAUAGUAGUAUCCUCAUAGGAAUCUCAUCAUAGUAGUCUCCUCAUAGUAGUCUCCUAAAUAGUGUUCUUCUCAUAGUAGUCUCUUCAUAGAAAUUUCAUCAUAGUAUUCUCCUCAUGGUAGUCUCAUAUUAGUUUCAUAGUAGUCUCCUCAUAGUAGUCUCAUAGGAGUCUCCUCAUAGUAGCCUCCUAAAUGGUAGUCUCCUCAUACUAGUCUCCUCAUAGUAGUCUCUUGGGUGUAUACGGGUUAAGAUUAAAGGUGCAGGCCCCGCACACUGCUUGCUAACGCCACUGAUUAAGGGAAAAGGGGUGGGCCCUUCCCGGAGGGGGGCAUUCCCAGACACGAUGGGUGCGAGUUUCUUAAAAAAACAAUGAUCUCCCAGCCCUCGGUGUCCACCCAGCAAUAGUAAAACUGGGUUCACACACACAGUGAGUAGGGGCAAGUAGGUCGUGUGGUGGUGAUGGAUGAAGACGUCCGGCCAGCGUGGAAGAGUUGGCCAAAAAAAAAAACUGUCUAGAUUGCCACUUGAGAGCUAAGCUUCGAGUAUGCACGCACAUACGUACGUUGGACUUCUUUCGCAGCAUACAUAGCCAACCGCGCUAAUCGCGGAGGUCAGCGGCGGCAUGAGCGACCCGUUGCAUGCAAGGGGUGCACCUGUACCUUGACUUACUUUGACAAUGGUGGGUGGCAGGGGUGGGUUAGUAGCUUUUUUGUGCGUUUCAGAAUGUGAUGGGGGGUCCAUUUAAGUUUCAAUGUCGACACUUGUAACCUGUUUGAAAUAUUCGGACAACCCAAAAAUAUAAAUAUAUACAGAGUGCUUAAAGGAAAUGUUAACACUUCUGAAAAUGUGCAACAAAUGUUCCUCUGGGCUCUGGAGACUACCUGCAGAAGAUUCCAGGCACAUGUUGACAAUGAUGGCGAACAAGUGGAGACUCUUUGACUUUUUUAAACUGUUAGCAUACAUUUGUUAUCAUAUUACAGUGUAUUUCCAUUAAAAACGACAGUUCCAUGUAGGUGUUACAUUUUUUUUAAAGCACCCUGCAUAUUUGGCGAAUACAGCGGGGUCCGAAGCAUCAGGUGCAUAUCACUGCUGACGUUGCCGGGUACAACUCAUGUGUUGUGGUGUAGCGAGUGGACUCCACUCAGCUACCACCACCCGCCCCCCCCACCACCACUGGACAUCGCUGAGGCGUGGCUCAAGCUGUUAAACAAACAAAUUAGCACUGCUGCUCCUUUACAAGAAGCCCAAGGGAGGAAGAAGAACAUUCAUUGGUGUGUGAAUCAGACAUCAGACCCCAGGGUGGGGGAGGGCUCUAUAAAAUUCAUCGUCACCAUCGUUGUUGUUGCUGUCACCAUCAUCGUAGUCACCAUCGUCGUAGUCAUCAUCACGUACUGCUCGACACCUUGCGCAUAUCAACAACGGAACUAAGCGUGCGCUCACAACAGAGCACCGAGGAAGUUGUAUAAGCACUUCUGGGCAAAAAAUAAACCACCCCAUUCCCGGAAGCGUGUUUCAA